AUGAGCAGCGACUCGUUUCGGGGUGGCCCCUGUAUAAAAUGCGUGCGCAGGUCAGGCUGGUCCAUCAUUGAACGGUUGGACAUCGAGGGCUUAAGCACGACCAACGUGAAGAUGAAUUUCUUUGGCGCCUUCUUUGCGCUCGCCAUCUGCGCGACCUGUGGAUUAACCCAAGCGGAUAUAUCACUCAAGCUCCGGCAGCAGCAGCAACAGCAACAGCAGCAGCAGCAGCAGCCGCUGAUCACCAAGGAGCAGUACUACAAGACGGGCGGCUUCCAGGAGAGCAAUUACGGCAACUCCGGCUACCAAAUCUUUGAGGUGCACAACCACUAUCAGGGCAAGAACCACGCCUAUCUGCCGCCCCACCAGGAGGUACACAUUCAGCAGCAGGCCGUCCGUCAGGGACAGGUUCAGGUCCAAGCUCAGGCUCAGGCUCAGACCCAGGUCCAAAAUGGGGCCCCUCUGGACGACAGCUUGGAUGUGUCUUUCCUGAACUUUGCCGAUCUGGGCCUGCAAUCGCAUGCCCAGGCUGCCCCAGUAGCUCCAUCUGCUGCCCCCGUGGCAGUCUCUGUCUCUGCCCCCGCUCCAGCUCCAGUUCCAGCCCCUGCUUCCCUUUCCGUACCCUUCCCUUCAAGCUAUCAGCAUAACUUCCAGCGUACGCAGCCCCAGGCUGUGGCCCAGUCUUCCUCCUCUGUCUUUGGCGCCCAGCCCUAUCUGCCCCCUACAUCGUCCGCGCCCAUUGUCCAGCCACAGCAGCAGCAACAGCAGCAGCAGUACCCACAAGAGAGCUACGAGGCUCCAGGAUACCUGCCCCCUGUCACCGCCGAGGAAGUUUCAAACCCAGUGACAAACUAUCGGGCACCCGACUAUCUGCCUCCCACAGCCUCCUAUCCGCAACAGCAACAGCAGCAGCAACAGCAACAGCAGCAGCAGCAGGUCUAUAGGGCUCCUGCCUACCUACCACCUGCUACCGGCACAGCUCCAUCCGGCGUCGUAGGUACCUCUGGCACCACCUCAUCCAUCCAGGCCCACAGCACUGCCUCCAGCCAAGUUGACUACAGUGCACCCUCCUAUCUGCCACCUCAGCAGCAGCAACAAGUGCAGCAGCAAGUGCAACAGCAAGUGCAGCAGCAAGUGCAGCAGCAAGUGCAGCAGCAAGUGCAGCAGCAAGUGCAACAGCAAGUGCAACAGCAAGUGCAACAGCAAGUGCAACAGCAAGAAUAUAAUGCACCUGGAUACCUGCCACCUGGCUACGACUUCGAGAAUCCCGAUAGGAUACCACUAUCGCUGAUACAGUCCCAAUCCGUUGCUCCUGUACAGAAUGUUGCUCCAGUUCAGCAAGUGGCUCCGGUCCAGAGUGUGGGUCCCGUUCAGCAAGUUGUAGGCGACUACCGUGCUCCUGACUAUCUACCACCCGGAUACGAUGAGCCCCAGCCUCAGCAGCAGCAGCCACAGACCCAGACGAACAUCAUCUACCAGCAGCAGCAGCAGCAGCAGCAGCAGCAGCAGCAGCAGCCUCAACAGCAGCAACAAGUGUUUGUUGCAUCCAGUCAGGCCAGUGUUGGCCCGAGCCAGCCCGUGGCCCUGCCUGACGGCUAUGACUUCGUGAAGCCCGAGAAUUCAGAGGCAGCCAUUGCCGAGCUCCACAGCCUGCAGACCCAGACGAAAUUACUCAAGCAGCAGCAGCAGUUGCAACUGCAACAGCAGCAGCAGCAACAAUUGCAGCAACAACAAUUGCAGCAGCAACAAUUGCAGCAGGUGCAACAGCAGCAGCAACAACAGCAGCAGCAGAAACAGAUUGUGGUCCAAUCUCAAUUGCAGGUAUCCACGCAGCAGCAGGGAUCCGAUAUUAUCUAUGGCCGACCAAAGUCGCAGCAGCAGCAGCAGCUGGCGACAGGAGGAUACCAGGUGCAGCAACAGUACACUGCUCCCGGCUACCUGCCACCGUCCGGUGCCGCCGUUUCUGUGCAGGCUGCAGCUCCAGUUGCCAUUUCCAUUCCACUGCCUUCUCCUGUACCGGCUCCCGCUCCCGCUCACGCUCCCACGCCUGUUGCCAUUGUCCGUGCAACAUCGUCCGCCACAGCCACUUACCGCACGCAACAGCAGCAGCAGCAGCAGCAGCAGAAACAGUACACAGCUCAAGGCUACUUGCCACCAGUGGCUAUUGCUGCCGCUCCAGCUCCUGUCCCGGCUCCAGCCCCAGCUGCAGCUCCAGCGCCAGUUGCCAUUGUCCAUGCCUCAUCUACAGCCACCGCUUACCGAGGCCACCAGCAACAGCAACAGCAGCAGCAGUACAACGCCCCUGGCUACCUGCCCCCAGUGGCUGUUCGUGCUCCAGUGACACCUGCACUGCCCGCGCCGGCUCCCACCCAGAUAACGCACAUCCAUUCGCUGAGGAGCUACAUGAACACGGUGCAGCCAUUCGCCCGCUACGCUCAGCCAGUGGCUGUCCGCCAGCAGCAUUACCAGCACCGCCAACAGCAGCAGCAGCAGCAGGUGUUCGAGGUGGCUCCCAUGUACCGCGAGCAGUCGAAGCGACCCCGCUUCUAUGCCCCGGCCAUGUCCUAUGUGAGCAACGCCCUGCCUCGUCAGCAGCACCACCUCCACCACCAUUACCAUCGCGUGGUGCAGGCACAGGCACAGUCGCAGGUGCAGGUGCAGCCCCGGCCCCGGCCCCAGGUGGUCACCCAGAAACUGCUGCCAGUCGGACCUGCCCCCACUCUGAGCCUGAAGGCGCAGCAGUCGCUGCAGAGGUUCAUGCCCAAGGAUGUCCAGGUGGCCGUGAACGUGGCCAUGGCCGCGGCCCCCGCUCCCUCUCCCCACCGCGGCAGCUCCCGAGUGCGGACCGUGCAGAUUGUCAAGCCGCAUUCGGUGCGCACCUUCAAGGUACUGGAGACGAUCGACCAGGCUGGCGUCAAGACGAUCAAGAUCCUGGGGGCCACCAACGAGCAGCCCCAGGGGCAUCAUCACGUGGUCAAGGUGGUCACCCAGGAUGCGCACAGCGGCACCGAGAGCCACGUGCAGACGGUGAAGAUCUACGAUGACCUGCAGUCAUAUGCCCAGCCAUCGGGAGCCUUCGGUGGCCUUCGACUGGCGCCUCAGGCGGCACCCAGAAGCAAUGGGUACCUGCCGCCGGUCGGAGGACCCCGUCCCAGGACACGCAUCGUGCGCCAGACAUCAGCCUCAUCCUCAUCCUCAUCCUUCGGCAAGACCCUGCGCCUGUUCCCGGUACCCAGGGGGCUGUGAGGUGCGAAGGUGUCCAGGCCCGAAGGUGGAAUGGAAUGGAGACCAAGGUCGAUCCGCUCUAGCACUGAUUAGUUGUUAAUUUCAUCAUCAACCGCUUAUAUUUUCGUUUUCGUUUAUUGUUAAUGCCAUCGCUGCCUCAUUUCGCAUGCAUUUUUGUUGAAAUUAUUUUGUUUCUCUCGAUUCCCAGCCACAAGCCACAAGCCCUGAGCAUUUCCAAUCCAAAUCCCAAUCCCCAUCGCAAUCGCAAUCAGAGUCAUUUGCAUGCAUAAGCGCAACAGCU